UCCCCUCUCCUCCUCGUGRCUCCUCGUCUGUCUCCGAGGCUCCGCCCGACGCUCCCUCCCCUUCUUCUUCUUCUCCUCCACAAUCGCUAAGUCCUCCUCGAGCCCUCCUGCAGCUCCUCCUCCUGACCAAAGCGGACAAAAGUAUGGGCACUAUUGAGCACAUCAGACGGCACUGUCAGACGCUGGCCGGCCUGAGGAGGAGGAAGCUGUCAGCUGAACGAGGAAUGAGGACGAGCGAGAGCCAAGCCCCCGUUUCUCCUGAAGGCCCCGCCUCCUUUCAGGAAACGAGCGACGAAGCCACCAGGGUUAAUGACGAAGAGGAGAGGGAAGAAGAAGUGGAGGAGGAGAGUGACCUCCUCCUGGCUCUGUCUGAAUCCUCACCCAGCGCGGCAGGAAGUGUCGCCAGCGAGGAUGACCUAUCUGAUCUAAAGGAGGCGGAGUCAGAACGUGAAGAAGAUGUGACGGUGAUCCCGUCUAAGGCAGUAUCAGAGAAAGAUGAUGAGGGGACGUCUUCAGAUGAAUCCAGAGCAUCUGUCAUCCAGCUGCAGGAGCAGAUGUCAUCAGAUGAAACUGAAGAUGAAGAAGUUAGUCAAAGAGAGUUGGAGGACGUGAUGUUUGCUCAGGACUAUCUUCACAGAGUAUGCGAAGCGGUGAAGGAGUGCUCAGGCCUUUCCGAGCAGCUGUUGCAGAUGCUGGAGGAUUUUUCAGCGGCAGGGCCUUCRGGGGCAUCAGGGACCCCGGAGGUGUUGUACAGGAGACUGAGUUCUGUCCUGCAGCCGUGGCCUCAGCUGCUCAAAGACUUCGCUGCCUUCCUGAACCGCAGACAGGCUCGUGGAUGUGGACUGCUGUUGGAGCAGCGGUUGUUUGAACGCAGCAGAAGAUUUCUCAGGCGACUGGGGCGGAACCUGGGAGAGAACUCCUUACUCUACCAGGAAGUGGUUUCUGUGCUGCAGGGAAGCUCCGCCCCCUCAUCAGAAGACAUUGACAAGGUCUCGUCUCUGCUCAAGCAGCACCCAGACCUGCAGGAAGAGGUCCAAGAGUUCUUCCAGCAGCUCCACACACGCUCCUCACCUGAGGCAACCGGCUCCGAGAACACAAACGUGGACUCCACUUCCCAGAACCCUCGUGACGAGAACAGAGGAUCACUUCCUGCUCACACAGGAAGUGACAAUGAGGACGAGCAACACGCUGUUUGUGCCAAAAACAUCACRGUGACGUCCAAUGGCAAGAAGGUCGUCGUCUGGACACGUGAGGCUGAUCGCAUCAUCCUGACAGCCUGUCAGCAGAGAGGAGCCACCAGGAAAACGUUCAGACAAGUGUCCUCUCAGCUGGGGAAUAAGACUGUCCAACAGGUGCGCUUUCGAUUCCAGGAUCUCAUGAAGCUUUUUCACUCGGCGCCCCAAAAGUCCACUUACUGUUCCUCAAAGGGUCCGCCAACGAGCAGACGCAGCGCAGCUCCUGACUGAACAAACAGCCGAAAGAGAAGACUGAUCACGAAGUGAUCGUCUGCAUCUGUGGAAUCACAGCUGUGACGUUUCAGCUUCGGGUUUCGUCGAUGUAAACACAGGCAAUGAGAUAAAGUUAACAGCUGUAAAAUGAAACUUAAGUUGCAGYUCGAAUUUAUUCAUUGUUYUGAGUUUAUAUCCAGACGACCCAGAGAAAAUUUCUAAAGCAAGUCAGUUAGCUCCUCUGAGUACUGGCCUAUACACAAACUAAUAUACUGCAAUAAAUUUACAAUAUCGCCUUCCAGCUAGGGCCCAGACUGGGAUGACUGUGAACAGCUUUAAUCCCAAUUGCUCCAACCACUGUAAACGCCUAAUUUAUUUUGAGURAUGCAUGACAGUUUUAAAAACUAAAGCCCCAUUUAAAAACAGACUUUAAAUAAUUAAAUCAAGGCACAUCACUAAUCUACAUUCCACUUUAAAAGCGGUAAAACCCAUAACGUCAAAUAUAAAUCUGAGAUUAGUGUUAUAGUCUUUAAAUUCAUAAAUGCCUUAAAAAGAGCUGCUGCCUCCUCAGUACAAUGAAAAAGAUUUUUACUGGAAACUUCAACUGUUUUGCUCUGGCAGCCAGUAGUUAUUGUAGUUUAUUUCAGUGGUGGGGUAAGAAAUUUAAACUUUAUUUAAGCAAACCCUUGAAGUCUUAUUUUUUUCAUUAUUCAAUAAAAUUUUGGCAACUUGAUUGUAGUACUCAUGAAAUCUAAGACUCAAUUGACAUCGGAWAUUUUUAUCUUCCCAAUGAGCACUGAGGAGUUUGGGGGAGUUUCUUCUUGUGUUUCUUAACCUUGUCUCCGUGUUUUUGAGGAAGGAUGCCCCAGCAUUCUAUUAAGGUUUUGAAAUGUUUGUUUAUUCAUAUUGAAUAUGAAGAAAAAAAUUAAAGUGAAAUUCAAUAAAGAAUUUUUUUUAC